GAUCGCCAUGCAACGAAUUAUUAACAAAGAAAUAUGCUUCAUGACUGGAACAGGAAAUAACUUCCGCUUGAUUUCUAUACAAACUAUUGUAGAAGAAAGUGAUGAAAAUCUUAGUCAAAGCUUGCUAGGUUUCCAUGCCUUUACUGGUAAUUCUAUAACACCAAUGUUGCCAUUAGUUUUCUUUUUGUUACGAUGAUAAUAAGUGAAAGAAUAGUAUACUGUAAUCAAUAUUUUCAAAAUUUUCUUUUAAGGAUGUGACACAACCAGUUCCUUUUAUGGAAAGGGCAAAAAGACAGCGUGGAACAUUCUUCUACGUAACCACAAAUAUUUGAACUCAUUUAGUUCCUUAGGAAGUGCAUUUCCCCCGUCAGAAGAACUUGUGUUUCAACUAAAUAGAUUUGUUUGUUUAUUGUACGGUGACAAGGAUUCUGAGGACGUCAACAAAUGUCGGCUCUCAUUGUUCAAGGCAGGAAAAUGUUCAGAUGAGCAACUACCACCAACUUGUGACAGUUUGCUGCAACAUAUUCGUCGGUCAAACUACCAAGCGGCGAUUUGGCGUUCCUGUCUACAACCUCAAAUGGAUAUUCCUCCUCCGGAUGAAAAUGGGUGGAAAACAAUUGACGGGAAACUGCAAAUCGUAUGGAUGACCAUUCCCCCAGCGCCGGAUUCCCUACUUGAUAAUGUUAAUUGUGGAUGUAAGACUGGCUGCAAUUCACAACGUUGUUCAUGUAAUAAAGCAGGAGUGAAGUGCACAGAUGUAUGCUCUUGUACUGCAUGCACGAAUGUCGAUAUUGAUGACAACGAUGUUGAGGAAGAGGAGUUUUUAGACGAUGACAUGGACGACGAAUUCGAGGCAGACCUUUAGAAAAAGCGCGCGCUUGUCACCGCCCUUGAAUGACGACUAGCGUUGCCUUGUGCUGUUAUGGUGGCGUAAUGCGUUUAAUCUGUGCGCAGCUUCAGACUACUCUGUCGACUGUAUCGAGGGUAGCAUAUGAAAUAAUACCAGAAGCUCACCAACUGAAGAAUGAAUUUCUUUUUUUUCUGUUUUUUUUAACAAUGCAAUAAAAUUUUCCAGUAAUGAAAAGCAUAUGAAAUAGCUAAAAUGUCUACAAGUCUAAAAAUUGGAAGAAAAUCGUCCCUAUCCUUACUCGCUAGCAGUCGCAACUGCGUGACAAUGCACCUUUAGAAAAAGGGCGCCUUGUCUUGCACAAUACUCUUACAACUUUCAAAAUAUCAUCUUCACGAAAAUUUGUUAAAUCUAACCUAAUGCACGUGUCAAAUCGUUAUUUUUUUUAAGAAUCUUACUCAGGUUGUCAAUUUAACCGAGUGGAAUAGCUCUGUUAUAGGUCUGGCACGAGCACACAAAAUAUAAAUUACAUGAAGUUUCCUAGGAAUAAUGGCGGAUUCCGGAAUUGUAAUGAGCUACAAAUUUUAAAAUUUCAAUGUGAUGUAGCAAUAAAACUGCAGCUUUUUGGAGAUGACAAUAAGUAAAAUUGUAUUAAACAUGUAAAAGUCGUUCUGUCUUGAAUUUUUCACGACCUUCCUUGAGGUGUCCAACGGGAAUGAAAGAAAAUCGGUCACAGAUCACGGCCUAUGACUAAAUUGUUACAAAAGAACGUUAAAUAGGGCACGUGAUGUGACUAUCGACCAAUCAACGUUCCGAAUUUUUGUUUAUAGCGUGUAAAUAAAAUUCAAAUUAUAAGUUGUUUUACAAAGAAACGAAAUUACGAAUGGUGACGGAACGAAGUCGUCUUAUAAUUUACUGAUAACACUUUACUGUUCUAUGAUAAAAUAGUGUAGAGACUAUUGAGUAUUACGCGGUUAAAGUCAGUUUGCGAUGAAAAAGAGAGAUAUGGAGAUGCGACCUGACGAAGCAGACAAAUCAUUGCAGUUAAGACAAAAACUUCAACUAUGGAGAUUGGACAAGAGAAAGCAACAAAAAUGUGAUGAUAGAUCAAAGCAGAGUAUCAAGAAUAAUCCAUAUGUCGGUGGUAAAAACAAUAUUCCUCUAACAAGAACCAUGAAGCUACUAAACAGAAAGUUCAAAACUCCAGUAAAGAAAUAUCAAUCACCCUCUCUAAAGAAUACAUACAAAGAUACUGAACUAGACAUGAGGACUCGUCUUGAUUUGUGGUUAAAAGAAAAAGGAAAAAAUCCUUCUGCUGACUCUUCAUCUAUGAGAAUUUCCUCCAACAGAACUGAAGCUGUAAACAAACCUCACCAGAGAAGAAAAACAUGGAAUCACUCUGAAUCAACUCAAAACAUGAAAACGUCUUCUUGUGGUACAGCAAUUUCUGUAAAUGAAAAUGUAUGCAAGAUAUCAAGAAGAAAAACCACUGCUUCCAUUUUUCAUGAUGAUAAAGAAAAUGCUUCAACUACAACAUUUUGUACUUCAGAAGAAGCAUUUACUAAGAAUUCAACUGCGACACCACACAACGUUUUGCAUCAAUGUGUUAAGAUUCUUGAUGAAAAAAAUUUUCAGUCUUCACAAGAAGUGGUUUUUAUGCUUGAUUCAAUACAAAAUAGUCAUCCAGACGUAGUGCUUUUUCCACUUUACUGGAUCUGCAAAGCCAAAAUAUCGGAAAUGGCUGGAGAUCAUGCUACUGUCACUUGUUUCAUUCGCAAAGCAGAGGAUUGUUCUACUCAGCCACAAGAUUUAGUGAAGAAGUAUUUGGAUGAAUACAGGUCAAGGCAGUCGAGAAAUGAGGAUAUCGAUCAAACAACGACAUCGUUGAGCACCUCAUUCAAGACUCCAUCAAGAGAACUUUCAAAGCUUCAUGACGUUGUUUUUAAUUCUUCUGUAGUGAGAUUUUGCUUAAUAGAUUCAACACCCAGCAAGAAAAGGACCAGAACGAUCUCCGAAAAGAAUGUUUUGACUCCAGUUCGGAGAACCACACGUUGGGAACGCAGUGGAAUUAAACGACCAAAGACGAUUGAUGAGAAUAGGAUAACUUUUUCCUCGUUUGAUGAGUUAUCAAGCCCGAUAAAGUCUUCAUUUGUUUUUAAACCGAAUUUGCUUCUUCCGUGCUCAAUUGAUAACUUUAUGAACUUUGAAAAAUUCAAUGAAUAUACUUAGCUAAAAUGUAUUUAGAAGUUCCAGUUCACUACCAAUAACUGAAAUAUUUGAAUCUUGUCAUAAUAUUUGACAUUUCAUAA